AAAAGGGAUCACAGUUCCUGAGGGUCAAGACUCACCAGGUGUUCUUUGUACAACCAUGGCCCAGAAGUUGUGGGGUUCCUGUCUUUUCUCAUUGUUUAUGGCUGCCUUAGCUCAGGAGACUCUGAAUCCUCAAAAAUCGAAGGUGGAUUGCAACAAAGGGGUGACUGGCACCGUCUAUGAGUAUGGAGCCAACACCAUAGAUGGUGGGGAGUUUGUCAACUUCCAGCAGUAUGCAGGAAAGCACAUCCUCUUUGUCAACGUGGCAUCCUUCUGUGGCCUGACAGCUACGUACCCUGAGCUGAACACAUUGCAGGAGGAGCUGAAGCCAUUCAACGUCACGGUUUUGGGCUUUCCAUGCAACCAGUUUGGAAAGCAAGAACCUGGAAAGAACUCAGAGAUUCUCCUUGGACUCAAGUAUGUGCGUCCAGGCGGUGGCUAUGUCCCCAAUUUCCAGCUCUUUGAGAAGGGGGAUGUGAACGGAGACAAUGAACAAAAGGUUUUUUCUUUCCUAAAGAACUCCUGCCCUCCCACCUCUGAACUUUUUGGCUCUCCAGAACAUCUCUUCUGGGAUCCCAUGAAGGUUCAUGAUAUCCGCUGGAACUUUGAGAAGUUCCUGGUGGGACCUGAUGGAGUCCCUGUCAUGCGCUGGUUCCACCAUACUCCUGUCAGAAUUGUCCAGUCAGACAUCAUGGAGUACCUAAACCAAACCAGUACCCAGUAAGAAAGGCUUUACAAAUUUUGUCUUUGUUCCACUCGGUCACCAGCCUCCAUAUGACCAAAGCCCACAGCACUUCCUGUGUCCCUACUAAUGCAUGUGCAAUCUACAGAGAUCCUAAUCUAUCAUUCAAAGCACUGGCCGGUUAAAAGAAGUGGGGAUGGGUGGCCAGAUCCUCUGGGUCCCAGCCUCUUCUCCUCCAAAGCUGGGCAUGCUUUGUCAAGUUCUCCUUCUGUUUAGCCCUUUGGUACCACAGCACCCUGUAGUUUUCUUAGGGAAUUUUGAAGGCUGAGAGCAGAAACCUCUCAUCACAUGAAGACAGGGCAUUUCCACCAGGAUCCCAAGGUCCCUCUGGCUCAUAUCCUACCAGCCUUCCUGAGUGACUUCCUGUUUGUGCAUUCAGGUCAUGGCACUUGGCUACAGAUGUCCUUCACACCAAAUGAUGUGGUUUGCUCUCACCCAGAGUUCUCCCACCUUUAAAUUCAUUCCUAUGAUCACUGUCUCUAAUAAUAGUAAUAAUCUAAUAAACAAUAAAAGAACUCACCGC